AUGUUACAUAGAGGUGCAAUGGAAGUUCUUGGUAAGACUUUUCAAGACAUCAGAGGCAACAAUAAAACUAUGGGAGAAGUUACAUUUAUUUUAUCAGGAGACUUCAGGCAGACAUUACCAGUCAUUCUGAGACGAACAAGAUCUGAUGAAGUCUCAUGGAAUAAAGUACUGAAAUUUUCCUUCAAUACUAACGUGCCAGCUUCAUUACAUGGGGACCAAUGUGCAAAACAGUUUCCAACCUGCCUCUUCCAGUUAGGAAAUGGGAAAGUACCAUUUGAUGGGAAUGAUGAUAUCAGUUUGUCUCAAUAUGCUAUCAUGAUGAAUUCCCCAGCUCAACUGAAGAACAGUGUAUUGCCAGACUUAAGUAAUAAUUAUAAUUCACGUAAAUGGUUGUGA